AUGUACUCAGGUUUCGAGGCCAUUAUUGCUUCGUCUCCUUGCUUCACUGGUUGUAGAAUUGUAGACGAAGGGACUGGGAAGGGAUUCAAUUUGUUCAUCCUCAUCGUCUUCACAAAAUCGAUCAUAUGGGGCGUUUGUACUCAUCAAAAACGAAAUCGAAAGAAACAAACAAAUCAUGUCGUUACUGGAAGAGUUGUCGAAAAGCUUGAGGAAGUUUUGGAACUUCAACAAAAAUUUGAGGAGGCGUUAGCACAUCAACAAGUUGCAGAUAAUUUGAAAGACAAACGAGAAGGUGAAGAGGACUUUAAGGUGAAAAAGAUGGAUCAUAUGAAAAUCCCAUUCGAAGAUAUAAAGACAGCAACUCAUAAUUUUCACGACGAUUAUAAAAUCGGAAUUGAAAUUGCAUAUAAAUGCUGCAAAAAGAAACGAGAGGAACGUCCCACAAUGGCUGACGUCGUGAAAGAACUUGAGAGAGCAUUCAAGUCCCAUGUGAAGGGGGUGGAAUCCCUUAGAACGACACUCGAUGAUGUUAUAGGUGCAGGCACGUUAGGCUAUCUUGAUCCACUCUAUAUGACUACAGACUCCAUAACACAGAAAUCAGACGUGUAUUCUUUUGGGGUUGUUCUAUUUGAGAUCUUAUCUGGGAGAUCAGCAGUUGAAAGGAUCAAAAUUGAUCAGAAACAGCAGCUUCGUGAAGUCCCAAAUGUUGUGGCUCAACUGAAAAGUGCAAGACCGACAGUUGAAGAAGAUCGUGAUGUCUUUCUUGCACAGUUGGCAGCAAAAAGCUUCAAAACCCAAAAAAUACAAGAUAUUAUCUUUCAUGCUAUAAAACAACAAAUUGAACCACAAUCCUUGGUGAUAUUUUCAACCAUUGCCUAUCAAUGCUUGAUGAAAGAGCACGAGGAUCGCCCAACAAUGGCUAAAGUUGUAGAGGAACUUGAAAAAGCCUUCAUUUGCCAAGAUGAGUGGGAAUGGGAGCAAAAACUACCUACAGAUUAUAAGAACAUAGUCCAAAUGUCAAAAUAUCCGGUGCCCUCCACAAUCUCGAAGAAGGAUCUCCAUUCCUUCUUUUCUUCAGGAAUCCUCCUUAACAACGAAAAAGCGUGGUUUUCAAUAAGCAUGGAUGGAUCAAGAAAUGAAAUGAUACCAGCCAAAAGUUUUUCAUACAAAGAUGUUUCUUCCCUGAAGUGGAGAUCCAUUCAACAAUCAAGAUUUCCAAAGGUCGCAAAGAUCUUGGACAUCUCAAAUCUUAAUAUUGGAGUUCAGAUAAAUGCUGAGUUCUUAACUCCAGAGAGAAUGUAUGGAGCUUACCUAGUGUUCAAGUUUUGUGAUCGAAGAAAGGUUUCUAGCAGGCCGAUAUAUGUGAACCUUAAAUAUAAGGAGGGUGAAACCUUAAAUGCAUAUUUUGCAGAGUGGAAAGAAGGUGGAAGCCAGUGGUCGAGAGUUGAAUUGUUUCGAUUUUUGAGUAAUCAUGGAAGUACUAAUUUUGAAGUUCUACUAAAAAGCUUUUCUAAGUAUUAUUGUGGCACAUGGGGCAUCUUUAUUGAAGGCAUAGAGUUUAAAGCCAUUCCAAGUGUGGACUUAGAAAAAAAUAAAAAAUCGAAGGAUGGAACAAACAUGGGAGGAGUCUUGAAAACAAAGUUGGAGAUGAACUCAGCGGAACAAAUGAUAGCCAAUAAUGAAGGAAUUAUUAAAAGGUCUGGAAACGAUGUCCAAAUUGCCUCCAGUGUAGAGCUGUGCUUACUUCUUUUCAAAGGAAUUCUCAUUGACAAUGGUGAAAAGUUAUUCUCCCUAAACGAAGUCAACGGAAAGAGAUGUCAUAUGCUACCUGCAAAAGCAAUUAUAUACAACUCUUCAAAUAUAAGGUUGUGCAACCCUCCAACCGAAUCCAGGUGCAGAUUUGAAGAGGUUGUUGAGAUUCUAUCUCACCAGGAUUUUCGUAUCAAAUGUGACAUUGAGACCAAAAUGCUCUCAUCAGAUACAACCUAUGCUUGUUUCCUUGUGUUCAAAUUUUCAAAAAAAUGUCAUGGGCUCCAGUGCCCAGUGAAGGCUCGUGAUUUAGUACCCCAUAGAAAGGAAAUAACCAAAAUCAUUUCUUUCAGGUACCCAAGCACAGUGAAUUUGGACAAAAUCAAAUGGAUUCCAAAACAGAGAGAAGAUGGAUGGAUGGAGGUUAUAGUGUGGGAAACUAACGUUGAUAACACACAUAAUGAUGAAUAUGUUCCUAUGGAUUUGAAACUUACUUGCUUUGAAGGAAAUAUGUCUGGUCUUAUUGUAUAUGGCAUAGAGUUCCGUCCUAUAGUAUUAAGUGUAUAG